AACAAAACUCUUUCUAGCAUUAACUUCAAUAUAAUUUUCAAUUUUGAAUAUUUUAAUAUAUUAUACAUUUUUUGGACAUUAUGGAUGUCGGUGGAGAGCGACGUGGUUCCCUCAAAUCGGCGACUGGACGUAGAUUAAGUGCGGCAUUCACAGUUCCUCAAGCGCGGCCAGUUUUGAAGUAUUUGCCCACAUAUCGUCUGGAACCAAAGUAUCCGCUAAAUAAAGAAGUAUGCGAGAAAAUUAUGCGCACCGUGAUGGACAAUGCAUUCGAAAAUUUUAUGUAUUCGCCCAAAACGUCACUAACAUUGUGUGCACAAAUCAGCGAAGAGAUUAAGAAUCGCAUUAAAGCGCAACACUUUGAUCGUUACCGUUACAUUUGUGUCGUGUCCAUUGGUGAAAAGGUAAUGCAAGGAUACUGUUCGCUGGUAAAUUUUCUUUGGGAUGCAGAAAAGGAUGGUUAUAUUUCCUACGUUUAUGAUACACCAAAAUUUUUCGGUAUCGCCACACUAUACUACCUUUAUUAUGAUUAGCUCCAAUGCGAUGAGAUUUUAAGGAAAUGUCAUGCAUAUAUUAGAUAAAUGUUAUUAUUCAGAAAUAAAAAAAAAUUUUUUGCAAAUCUUGA